AUGAUGGACCACAAAGAGAGUGAGCGGAUAUCCCUACUCCUGUCAACAUUUUUGGAGAGGUAUUAUACUAGAACACAGACGGAGGUUGAUAUCCGAAGGAAGGGAGUAGUCUUGGGUGAACUAUUAAGAACUGUGGACAACAAUCACUUUUCUUUCAUUGAAAGUGGAAGCCAAGCAGAAGGAUUUCGUUUCAAAGGUUCAGAUACAGACUGUAUGUACGUAGACAGAGACGCGUCGGUGAUGAACUCGAAUCAGUAUAUUUCUCAAAACAUGAAACGAAAAAAUAUUCUGUACAUGAGAAAGGCAGCUUGUCGGCCUGGCUAUGUACAUUUAGAGGUAGUUCAUCUAGGACCUCGAUAUAACGAAAGAUUUUUACAUUCUGUUGUCCAGGUUGGGAAUUCCAAGUUUGUAUCCAGUGAUAUGUACAGAGAAUACCAUUUAAGUGAAUUUAGUGCAGAAUUAGGCGAAGAAUUCAAAUCCAAUGGACCCAGCGUUACAUUCAGGGAGCAUCAUGAUUCGGAUAACGUUUAUUGUUUUUCAUGUAACACUUGGCCACAGGAGGCUAGAGAAUGGAUCACACGUUCACGUCUGUAUGGAUGGCCAAGCCAAACCUUGAUAAACAAGACUGUACAGAGAGGAUGCCAUCUUGUUCCAGUUGGAGAUAAAUGUUCUGAAGACACGUUUUUACAAUGGAGAAUCUCUUUUGCAACUGCCGAAAGAUCUUUGGUUCAUUCCUUCAGUCACGUCCAGUUUAAAGUGUAUGCUUUGUUGAAGUACUUCUUAAAACAAAUUAAAGCGACAUUAAAAGAAAAAAUUGGAGAUGAUGAAAUCUUGUGUUCCUAUUUUUUGAAAACAAUUCUAUUUCAUGCAAUAGAGAAUUCGAGACAAGAAUUUUGGCAAGACAAAAAUAUGUUUUAUUGCUUUUGGCUUUGCUUCAAUAUUCUUAUUGCUUGGGUCAGUGCAGGGUUCUGUCCCAAUUACUUCAUUCCAGCCAACAAUUUGUUCCAAAGGAAAGUGCAUGGACAACAUCAACAAAUUUUGUUGGAUGUUUUAAACCACUACAGUCAGAUGAAGUGGAAGUGUCUGUCAGUGGGAAAUUACUUCAAACCAAUAUGGAACUAUCUGUCUGACGCAUCGUUUCAAACUGAACUUGAACGCCCAAUACCUCUUGGUGAAAUUAUACUGAAUCAGGAUCUGUUAACGGUUGAGGUUUUACCAAAUAUUUGUUGGACCAGAGGUCUCACGCUCGAAACUACUAGGAAGGCAUUUCAGCUAUUAAUAACAUCCCGCACAGAUACGGAUGACAUUUUCAUCCAUCGCUAUGCUAUGAAAAGCCUACAGCUACUUGCAGAAAAGAUUUUUGUGCGUUCAGUGGUUGCUGCAGAUAACAAGACAACGUACAGAAGACUCAAGAAAUGUAAACACUGGAUGGUUCCUAACGCUAUAAUGGGUACAGAGCUAUUGCAUCUGGCGACUUUCCAUUUUCUGAUUGGAGAUUUCAGAAAAUCACUGGCGAUGAGCAUACAGGCAAUGACAUCAUAUUGUGGAUACAGUCAUCAUCAUCUACGAGAAGUGUACAAACCUGAAUAUUUUCGCCAAGUUCAGGUAUAUCAAAGAUUACAGCAAAUAUACAUGAAAACGUUGAUGUUUUAUCCUAAGGGAAUGUGUCUCCCUCAUUUGAGUCUAGAACUUUCAAACGUGGUUGAAUACUUACUGGUCCCACCAAUGCCUUAUGCCUUGUUUCUGACCUUCCUGUGCUGCCACGAGCUUGGAGAAAUCGCGGAUUGUGAUGCAAUAUUACAGAAAUUGGAACAAGUCAAGUAUGAUGAUGUAGAGGACGGACGAAUAUCAUGGAUAGUUCACACUAUCCGAGGGAUAUGUUACCAAACAAUAGGACAUUAUCACCUGGCAAUCAGGGCUUACUGGAAAUCGGCACGAGCGUCAAUUUACACGAAUCCUGCUUUUGACCGAAUAGCUGUAGCGUAUCUUUGUAUGUAUGUCUCACAGGGGUCUGACAGAGGAUAG